AUGUCUGCUGCACGGCAAGAAUAUCAGGCUGUACAAGGUCAAGAUCUUCUAAAUGAGAGUGAGGACAGUAAACAUCUACGCGAACCUAUCGGGGGAUUCAGUAGCGAGGAUGAAGAUGAUGCGUCACCUACAGAGGCCUUGCACAAAUCCCAACUUGAUGGCACUCCUCGAAGGUCGCCACCAAGGAAAGGCGAACACACGACGAUAGAUGUGAGCAAAGCGAGACGACCAUGGCGGCGGUUCUGCGCUUGCCUCAUACCUUCGAAGCGAGUAUGUAUACUCAUUACCAUUGUCUUAGCGGCUGUCAUUGGCGCAGCAAUUGGUGGUGGAGCGUGGGUCUACAAAUCCGCUCCUAAAGAUGGCCUGUCACCACCAUGGUAUCCAACACCAGUAGGAGGAACUGUCGAAAACUGGAAGAGGAGCUAUGAGUUGGCGCGUCAAAUGGUUGGUAAGAUGAGUCUUGUCGAGAAAGUCAACAUCACGACUGGUACCGGAUGGUCAAUGAACAUGUGUGUCGGCAACACUGGCACUGCGGAUUCUGUCGGCUUCCCCAGCCUCUGUCUGCAAGAUGGACCACUUGGUAUCCGCUUUACCGAUCAUGCCAGCUCCUUUCCUGCUGGCGUCACAGUUGGGGCGACUUGGUCCCACGAGCUCAUGCGCGCCCACGGAGUAGCUCACGGAAGAGAAGCAAGGCUGAAGGGUAUCCACGUUCUGCUGGGACCCUGCAUGGGCCCAAUCGGUCGAAAUCCAGCAGGUGGCAGAAACUGGGAAGGUUUUGGGUCGGAUCCCGUUCUACAAGCCGUUGGUGCUUACGAGACUAUUCAAGGCAUUCAAAGCGAAAAUGUCAUGGCGACAGCUAAGCAUUAUGUCGGCAACGAACAAGAGCACUUCCGACAGUCUUUUGAGUGGGGUCUGCCAAACGCCAUGUCUUCCAAUAUUGACGACCGAACACUUCAUGAACUCUAUGCUUGGCCUUUUGCCGAGAGCGUUCGAGCAGGCGUGGCUUCAGUGAUGUGCUCUUAUCAGAUGGUGAACAACUCCUACGCUUGUGGUAAUAGCAAGCUCAUGAAUGGCAUUUUGAAGGACGAAUUGGGGUUUCAAGGUUUUGUGCAGUCAGAUUGGCUAGCCCAGAGAAGUGGAGUUGGCAGCGCUUUGGCAGGUCUCGACAUGAGCAUGCCGGGCGAUGGACUUGGGUGGGCAGACGGUAAAUCAUUAUGGGGGAAACAGCUUAGCCUUGCAGUGCUGAAUCGAUCCGUCCCAAUCGAGCGUUUGGACGAUAUGGCAACUCGAAUAGUUGCUUCAUGGUACCAGAUGGGUCAAGAUAAGUGGGAGAAGCCGGCGCCUGAAGGUAAAGGUGGUCCCAACUUUUCGUCAUUUUCAACCAAGGAAAUAGAUCUACUACAUCCUGCCAGCAACAGCGAUGAGAAAGGAGUCGUCAAUCGGUUUGUGGACGUUCAAGGAGGUAACCCAGGGGAUCCUCCGCACAAGAUCGUGGCUCGGAAAGUGGCGGCAGAGGGCACAGUCCUUGUUAAAAACGAUGGAAUGCUUCCGCUUAGCAGGAAUCGCAGUGCCACUAUUGCCAUCGUGGGGGAAGAUGCAGGGCCUGGAGAGGGCCCCAACGUUUGCGAGGACAGAGCUUGCAAUCAAGGCACUCUGGGUUCUGGAUGGGGAUCUGGCGCGAGCGAAUUCCCCUAUCUGGUGGACCCGGCAUCCGGUUUCAAGGCCGCAGUCAAGAAUGCAAGCAUCAAGGUCAACACCUACUUGCAGAAUGAUCUCGAUCAAGACAUCCGAGCCAAGCUGAAAUUGAACGACUUGUGCAUUGUCUUUGCAAAUGCUAUCGCUGGCGAAGGUUUCAGGUCUUGGAACGGCAUUCGAGGCGACAGAAAUGACCUAAACCUUCAAAAAGGCGGGGAUGACUUGAUCAUAGCAACUACGGAAAGCUGUGGUGGUCCGACCAUCGUCGUCAUCCACGCUGUUGGACCGGUUAUCGUUGAAAAGUGGGCAGACCUACCGGGCGUUAAGGCGAUCCUGCUUGCAAAUCUUCCAGGCCAAGAAAGCGGAAAUGCUCUUGCAGAUGUCCUGUUCGGGAAUGUCGAUGCCAGCGGACGGCUUCCAUACACUCUUGGUAAGAGCCUAGGUGAUUAUGGGCCAGGCGCACAGAUCCUGUAUUAUCCAAACGGUGCGGUACCGCAGGUAGACUUCAACGAGAGUCUUUACAUCGACUACCGUCACUUUGACAAGAACGAGAUCGAGCCUCGAUAUGAGUUUGGGUUUGGCCUCUCGUACACCACGUUCGAGCUUUCUGAUCUUGUGCUCAAGAAACUGAAGCCGAAAUCUGCCUUACCCGCGCCGCGAUUGAAUGAAGUGCCGGCAACUGCUUCAAGCGGAGAUGUGCCUGAUCCUUCGACGGCAGUGCUUCCGGCAGGCUUUCGAAGGUUGAAGAAGUACAUCUACCCAUGGAUUGAAAGCACCAAGCUGGUAAAGAAAGGUCGCUACCCAUACCCCAGAGGAUAUGAUGAACCUCAAACACCAUCACCUGCAGGGGGCGCCGAAGGGGGUAACCCUGACCUUUUCGAACCAGUCAUUGAAGUAGCUGUCCGCGUCAACAAUACGGGAAAACGAUCAGGGAAAGAAGUGGUACAAUUAUAUCUCUCCUUCCCAGAUAAUGUGGUAGAGCCAAGCACCGGUGAACCUAUCGACUUCCCUCCGAAAGUAUUAAGGAAUUUUAAGAAGGUUGAGCUGAAGCGAGGCGGGUCGCAAGUUGUCAAGCUGGGAUUGACAAGGAAGGACCUAAGCUACUGGUCCACUGUUCAGCAGAAUUGGGUUAUGCCGGUAGAAGGUGAAUUCAAAAUUCGGGUUGGGCGAAGUUCGAGAGACUUGCCCCUCGAAGUUGUUUUUUGA